AUGGCGGCAUCGGUGGCAGCUGUAGCCGGGCGUCUGCGGCGGGCCAUUCGAAGGUCGUCCUCAUGGCAAGGUCCCAGCCCUCGACCGCUCUCAGCCGAACCCCCGCCAGCCCAAGGAUCGGCCGUGCGGGACACCUUCCUGAGCUUCUUUCGGGAUCGCCAUGGCCAUCGGCUGGUGCCUUCGGCGUCAGUGCGGCCUAGGGGCGACCCCAGUCUGCUGUUCGUUAACGCCGGCAUGAAUCAGUUCAAGCCCAUCUUCCUGGGCACCGUGGAUCCUCGCAGUGAAAUGGCAGGCUUCCGACGCGUGGCCAACAGCCAGAAGUGUGUGCGGGCUGGAGGACGCCACAACGACCUGGAGGAUGUGGGCCGAGACCUCUCCCAUCAUACCUUCUUUGAGAUGCUUGGCAACUGGGCUUUUAGGGGUGAAUAUUUUAAGGAGGAAGCUUGCAGCAUGGCCUGGGAACUGCUGACUGAGGUCUAUGGCAUCCCUAAGGAUAGACUCUGGGUCUCCUACUUUGGUGGUGACCCCAAAGCUGGGCUGGACCCAGACCUGGAGAGCAGGGACAUCUGGCUCAGCUUAGGGGUGCCCACCAGCCGUGUGCUUUCCUUCGGACCCCAAGAGAACUUCUGGGAGAUGGGCGACACUGGCCCCUGUGGGCCCUGUACGGAGAUCCACUAUGACCUGGCUGGAGGGGACGGAGCCCCACAGCUGGUGGAGCUUUGGAAUCUGGUCUUCAUGCAGCACAACAGAGAGGCCGAUGGAAGCCUGCAGCCCCUGCCCCAUCGGCACGUGGACACAGGAAUGGGCCUGGAGAGGCUGGUGGCUGUGCUGCAAGGCAAGAGAUCCACCUACGACACCGACCUCUUCUCCCCGCUGCUCAGUGCCAUACACCAGGGCUGCGGGGCACCCCCUUACUCAGGCCGAGUCGGGGAGGCAGAUGAGGGGCGCAUCGACACGGCGUACCGCGUGGUGGCGGAUCACAUGCGCACCAUCAGCGUGUGCAUUGCUGACGGCGUCUCUCCGGGGAUGUCGGGAGCCCCGUUGGUUCUUCGCCGGAUUCUCCGCCGCGCCGUGCGGUUCUCCACGGAGGUGCUGCGGGCACCCCCUGGCUUCUUAGGCAGCCUGGUGCCUGUGGUGGUGGAGACGCUGGGAGCCGCUUACCCCGAACUGCAGGAGAAUUCAGCCCAGAUAGCCAGCCUGGUGUCAGAGGACGAGGCGGCCUUUCUGGCCUCCCUGCAGCGGGGCCGCAGGAUCAUCGACCGCACCUUGAAGCACCUGGGGCCUUUGGAUCUGUUCCCUGCCGAAGUGGCCUGGUCCUUGUCACUGUCCGGAAAUCUGGGGCUCCCCCUGGACCUGGUAGAGCUGAUGCUGGAAGAGAAGGGGGUACAGCUGGACUCCGCUGGCCUGGAAAGGCUGGCCCAGGAGGAGGCCCAGCACCGGGCCCAACAAGCUGAGCCAGCUCAGGAGCAGAGAUUGCACCUUGACGUCCAUGCACUGGGGGAGCUACAGCGUCAGGGGGUGCCCCCAACAGAUGACAGCCCCAAGUACCGCUACACCCUGCAGCCCGGUGGAGGUUAUGAGUUUGACCCCUGUGAGGCCCAGGUUCUACAGCUGUACACGGAGAACGGGACAGCGGUGGCCUCUGUGGGGGCAGGCCAGCGCUGUGGCCUCCUCCUGGACAGGACCAACUUCUACGCUGAACAGGGGGGUCAGGCUUCAGACCGGGGCUACCUGGUCCCGGCAGGGCAGCCGGAUGUGUUAUUUCCUGUAUCCCGGGCCCACAUUUGUGGGGGCUUCAUCCUGCAUGAGGUGGUGGCCCCGGCGUGUCUGCAGGUGGGGGACCAAGUACAGCUACACGUGGACGAGGCCUGGCGACUGGGAUGCAUGGAGAAGCACACGGCCACUCACCUGCUGAACUGGGCGCUGCGGCAGACGCUGGGCCCCGGCACAGAGCCUCGGGGCUCCCAUCUCAACCCCGAGCGGCUGCGCUUUGACCUGGCCACCCAGACAGCACUGACCCCCGAGCAGCUCUGGAAAGUGGAGGGCGCCGUGCAGGAGGCCGUGGGGCGGGAUGAAGCUGUGUACAUGGAGGAGGUGCCCCUGGCGCUCACCGCUCACAUCCCUGGUCUGCGCUCUCUGGACGAGGCGUACCCGGACCCCGUGCGGGUGGUGUCGGUGGGUGUGCCCGUGGCCCAGGCAUUGGAGCCAGCUUCCCAGGCUGCCCUGCACACCUCCAUGGAGCUCUGCUGUGGCACGCACCUGCUGCGCACAGGGGCGGUGAGGGACCUGGUCAUUAUCGGGGAGCGCCAGCUUGCCAAGGGGACCACCCGCCUUCUGGCUGUCACUGGGGAGCAGGCCCAGCAGGCCCGGGACGUGGGCCAGGCUCUGGCCCACGAGGUGGAAGCAGCUUCAGAGAGGCUGAGUCGAGGCACCCGUGACCUGACCGAGGCUCAGCGACUGUCCAAGGACAUGGGGCGACUCACAGAAGCCGUGGACACCGCGGUGAUGCCCCAGUGGCAGCGGCGGGAGCUGCAGGCCACGCUGAAGGCCCUGCAGCGCCGUGCCAACACAGCCGUCCGGAAGCUGGAGAUGGGCCAGGCUGCAGAGAAGUCCCAGGAGCUGCUGAAGCGGCACACGAAGGGGCGUCUGAUCGUGGACACCGUCUCUGCGGAGUCCCUCUCUGUGCUGGUGAAGGUGGUGCGGCAGCUGUGUGCGCAGGCCCCCGGCACGUCCGUGCUCCUGCUCAGCCCCCAGGGCUCGGGCAGUGUGCUCUGUGCCUGCCAGGUGGCCCAGGGUACUACACCUGCCUUCACAGCAGCAGCCUGGGCCCUGGCCGUGUGCAACCACAUGGGGGGGAAGUCCUGGGGCUCUCGACUGGUGGCCCAGGGCACCGGAAGCACUGCUGACCUGGAAGCCGCCCUCAGCACCGCCCGAGCCUAUGCCCUCAACCAGAUUCACUGAGCAACCUACCAGCACACAGGAACUAAAGACAAGCACCUGGCACCCGGCCGGAGCUGGCACAGCCUCCCCAGAGGCUGAAACAGAAGACAAGAGGCUGGAGGACCAGCAGCUGAGCCAAAGGAGGCCACCUGGGCCUCAUGGUACAAAGAGACAGGGACACAAGGAAGUGAGCCGAGAUGCACGACCCCCACCCAAUGUGAACUCCUGGCCACCGAGCUGAGACCGCUCAUUAAAAGCAUCUCACACAGGG